AUGAAUCAGUCGAUUCUUUCUACUUCAAAUACGAAAUUAUCUAACUCAAUCCUUGAGAAAAUUUAUGAAUUCUGGCAACAACCUGAAAACUACAAACAUGUUCCCGUGGAAAUCGCUCUUGAAUUGUUUAAUUCAAACAAAAUUAAAAUAAGAGAACUCGCGUGGUAUUUGGAGACAAGUCCAAAUAUUCCUCAGAAUUUUGAGGAAAUUUGCAAAGGACUCGUUGAGAAGCAUUUUCCUCAAUUUAUUCAUGAGAAAGAGGGAAUGGUGUAUUACAAUUGGUAUGGAUUUUUUCAAUAUUGUGUUUAUGUCCAAGAUGAUGAGGAUUACAAUCAACAAGAAGAGAUGCAUCAGAGGAAAUUGAAGGAAUAUGAAUCUCAGUUGACAGCAAUGGAAAUGAUUUCGGCAGGAACCGAAAUGGUUCAAAAGAUUAUUGAGAAUAAGAGAGAAUUGAUGAUGACGAAUCCAAAGAAGGCACUGAAAAUAGUGGAACCAGCUCAGUGGAUUAUGUAUAAGAGAUUCAAUGAUAUCGAUCGAUCCAAGUAUCAAAAGGAAUAUAUUCGACUAUUGAGUUCGAAUGAAGCUCCGCGCGAAGCUCAUUUUUCGGCUUUUGAAGAAGUUAUGAAAGAAGUUUUGAAAAAACAACAGCAAGAUUUUAUUGAGAAGGAAAAUAAUAAAUGUUCGAAGGCGAUUCCUAAAAAACCAAAUACAAAAACUACAAAGAAAUCAGAAACUGCAGUGGACUUGAGUUUCCUGAAACCGUAUCUUUCAAAUGAUGCGAUCAAGAGAGUUGAGGAGAACGCUGGAAAGAAUUCGAACAAAAAAGGAAAAGUUAAGAAACAGGAGCAAAAGAAUGAAGUGAACGAAGAAGUAAAAGAAGAAGAGAAGGUUUUGACUGUUCGAGAUUUUCUGAAAAUGAAAAAAGAAUCAAGAAAGUCGUCAAUGGAUAUUCUGAAGAAACACAGAGUGCAACCAUCUGAAGAGUUUGGUUGGAAAGUUAAUGUUGAUUGUAACAAUCGAAAAGAAAAUAUCGAAAACAAGAACUCUAAUUCUAAGAAAGAAUGGACAUCAAAAAGAAAUUUACAAUUCCAUCCUGGAAAUAAUGUUCUGCCUAAUUGCUGA